AUGUUCACGAUCGCCGAGGACAAGGCUCUUGUCGAAGCCUGGCAGAAGAAGCUGGCCGCCCUGAACAAGGCCAAAGCUGAGGGAACGAACCGGCCUCCUCUCGAGCUCGCUGCUGGUGCCGACUCUGCCCUUCCAACCGAGGAUAAGGCGUCCCUCUCUGCUCCUGCUCCUGCUGGCGCUGGCCUUGCGGACCCCGCCGCCUUCAUGGCGAAGUGGCGCUCGCUGGCCACCCAGCUUUCCCCUAUGGUGACCACCACGACUCCUGUUGUUAUUUUCAAGAACCUCCCUGACUGGAUUAGCGUCUCUGACUUGCUGUCCCUGGUGCACGGUGGUGUUGUUGAUCAUGUCUCGAUUGAAAAUGGUGAGGCUGUCGUCAUCUUUACCGACGCCGACGACUGCAAGAAGUAUGCUGGUCUGUAUGAGAAGGGUAUUCGCAUUGCUAGCGACGGCGAGCAUGUCGUCACUGCUGAGCUGAGCGAGCAGUCGGUUGUCAUUGACGCCAAGCACGACGAGGCCAUCAAGGCCGGCGCUACUCGUGUCGUUCGCGCUGUUCCUGUUCUUCAGACCCUUAGCUUCGCUCAGCUGCAGGCCGUUGGCCAGCAGGAUGGCUACAAGCUUGAGCAUCUGAGCUACCUUGCUGCUGCGAAUGGGGUAUGUGACUGA